AUAAAAAUACACACAGGAGAGAAUUUGUAUUCCUGCACUGACUGUGGGAAGAGUUUAAAAACAUCACAGGCUCUGACAGUUCAUCAGAGAGUGCACACUGGAGAGAAACCUUACUCCUGCUCUGAUUGUGGGGAGCGUUUCUCUCAUCAGAGCAACUUAAAAACACAUGAACGUAUACACAGAGGAGAGAAGCCUUACUACUGCUCUGACUGUGGAAAAUGCUUCACAACAUCAACUGAGCUAAGAGUUCAUCAGAGAACACACACAGGAGAGAAGCCUUACUUCUGCUCUGACUGUGGGAGGAGUUUCAUAACAUCAACGACUCUGACAGUUCACCAGAGAGUGCACACUGGAGAGAAACCUUACUACUGCUCUGACUGUGGAAAAUGCUUCACAACAUCAACUGAGCUAAGAGUUCAUCAGAGAACACACACAGGAGAGAAGCCUUACUUCUGCUCUGACUGUGGGAGGAGUUUCAUAACAUCAAGGACUCUGACAGUUCAUCAGAGAGUGCACACUGGAGAGAAACCUUACUACUGCUCUGACUGUGGGGAGAGUUUCUCUCAAAAGAGCAACUUUAAAACACACCAACGUAUACACACAGGAGAUAAGCCUUACUCCUGCUCUGACUGUGGGAAGAGUUUCUCUCAACAGAUCCACUUAAAAUGUCACCAGCGAAUACACACAGGUGAGAAGCCUUACUCCUGCUCUGACUGUGGGAAGGGUUUCUCCCAACAGAGCAGCUUAAAAAUACACCAACGUAAACACACAGGAGAGAAGCCUUACUCCUGCUCUGACUGUGGGAAGUGCUUCACAACAUCAACCGAGCUAAAGGUUCAUCAAAGAGGACACACAGGAGAGAAGCCUUACUCCUGCUCUGACUGUGGGAAGAGUUUCUCCCAACAGGGCAGCUUAAAAAUACACCAACGUAUACAUAAAGGAGAGAAGCCUUUCUUCUGCUCUGACUGUGGGAAGUGCUUCACAACAUCAACUGAGCUAAAAAUUCAUCAGAGAAGACACACAGGAGAGAAGCCUUACUUCUGCUCUGACUGUGGGAAGAGUUUCUCCCAAUUGACUACCUUAAAAACACAUCAACGUAUACAUAAAGGAGAGAAGCCUCAUCAGAUGUCUCAGACCAGCUAAGAUUAAAGUCACUCCAUCACUUCAUUCUCACCUCAUAAAGGAAGUAGUAACAGUGAAUUUGAUCAAAUGAAGAAAGAGUAACACUAUUGUAAUCCUAUUGUUUCUCACUGAGAACUUUGGAGAGGAAAGGGAGCGUUAUAGAAUGUGUUUCUCACUGAGAACUUUGGAGAGGAAAGGGAGCGUUAUAGAAUGUAUUUGGAAAUUAUCUUUCUCCAUCUUUUUUUACUACAAAACAUAUUGUCAUGACUCUCCCUGGGUGAGGCUCAAAGGCCUCAUAUCAGCUUGGUAAAUGGCCGACAACAACCAGACCCUCUUACCCACGGGGGGCUGUGCCGGUCUUUACACCUUAAUACUGCCAUAAAU